ACUAGUGCUGAUUGCGUGCACGUGAGCGGGGACAUGGCGGCCCACCGUUCUGGCCCGCUCAAGCAGCAGAAUAAAGCCCAUAAAGGCGGACGGCACCGGGGUCGGGGAUCCGCGCAGCGGGACGGCAAGGGUCUGAAAAUCCUAAGCAAGAAGGUGAGAAAAGAGCUCAGCAAAGCAGACCAGAGGCAUCGCGCUAGCCAGCUCCGAAAGCAGAAGAAAGAGGCGGUUCUGGCAGAGAAGAGACAGUUGGGCAGCAAGGAUGGUCCUCCUCAUCAGGUACUGGUGGUGCCCCUCCAUGACAAGAUUUCCCUGCCAGAGGCCUUUCGGUUGCUUCAGGAUACAGACACCGGAACAGUACACUUGAAUGAAUGCGGAAGCACCCAUAGCUUUAUGUUGUUAUGCCCUCGCUUGAAACAUCGGUGGUUUUUCACAUCUGCAAGGCCAGGGGAUCUGCACACUGUGUUAGACAUGGCCAAAGUGGCGGAUACCAUCCUUUUCCUCCUUGAUCCACUAGAAGGCUGGGACAGCAUUGGGGAUUACUGCCUUUCCUGCCUCUUUGCUCAGGGCCUUCCCACGUAUACGCUAGCUGUCCAGGGCAUUUCUGGCCUCCCACCAAGGAAACAAAUAGAUGCCAGAAAGAAGCUAAGUAAAACAGUAGAGAAGCGUUUUCCUAGUGACAAACUUCUUCUGUUAGACACUCAGCAGGAGGCAGAGAUGCUGCUCAGGCAAUUGGCCAACCAAAAGCAACGGCAUCUUGCCUUUCGAGAUCGACGGGCCUACCUGUUUGCUCACACUGCUCACUUUGUGCCGAGUGAAGAAAAUAACUUGGUGGGCACCUUAAAAAUCUCAGGCUAUGUUCGUGGACAGACUCUAAAUGUAAAUAGCUUGCUGCAUAUCAUUGGACAGGGUGAUUUCCAGAUGAAACAGAUAGAUGCCCCUAUGGACCCUUUCCCUUUAAAUUUUAGAAUGAUCAAAUCCCAAAAGGAGGACCCGGGUGUGGCAAUGGAGAUUUGUGCUAUGGAUGCUGUAGCUGAUAUGGAGGAAGACCUUAAGUUCGUAAUGAAGGCAGACCCUGAUAAACACGAAUCUUUGCAAACAGAGGUUAACCUAGAUCCAAUGGAGGGGGAGCAGACCUGGCCCACAGAGGAGGAGCUUAGUGAAGCAAAUGACUUCUUGAAGGAAAGUUCCAAGGUGGUAAAGAAGGUUCCCAAAGGGACAUCCAGUUACCAAGCUGAAUGGAUUUUGGAUGAGGAUGGUGAAAGUGAUGGGGAAGAUGAAUAUGAUGAUAUGCAACGUGAGGAUUUUAUUGAAGAGGAAUCUCAGGAUGAAGGCAGUGAAAAGGAAGAGGAGGAGGAAUAUGAAACUAUGACUAUGGGAGAGUCUGUCCAUGAUGAUCUGUAUGAUGAGAAUGUGGAUGAUGAGGCUGAGGAAAAAAUGUUGGAGAAAUAUAAACAAGAAAGACUGCAAGAGAUGUUUCCAGAUGAAAUAGAUACCCCCCGUGAUGUGGCUGCAAGAAUUAGAUUUCAGAAAUACAGAGGCCUCAAGAGCUUCCGGACAUCUCCGUGGGAUCCUAAGGAAAACCUUCCUCAAGAUUAUGCUAGGAUCUUUCAGUUUCAGAACUUUACUAAUACUAGGAAACGCAUUUUUAAAGAAAUUGAGGAAAAAGAAGUUGAAGGAGCUGAGGUUGGCUGGUAUGUCACACUUCACGUCUCUGAAGUUCCUCUCUCAGUGGUUGAGUACUUUAAGCGAGGAGCACCCUUGAUUGCAUUUUCUUUACUACCUCAUGAACAGAAGAUGUCAGUACUAAAUAUGGUGGUGAGCCGGCACCCUGGCAACAUUGAACCUGUGAAAGCCAAAGAGGAUUUAAUCUUCCACUGUGGGUUCAGGCGCUUCCGAGCCUCACCUUUAUUCUCUCAGCACACUGCAGCGGAUAAACAUAAAUUUCAGAGAUUCCUGACUGCUGAUGUGGCCUUGGUGGUGACAAUAUAUGGCCCAAUCACGUUUCCUCCUGCAUCUGUGCUGCUUUUCAAACAGAAUAGCAAUGGCAUGCACAGCCUCAUUGCCACAGGCUAUCUAUUGUCAGUGGAUCCAGACAGAAUGGUCAUCAAGAGAAUUGUUUUGAGUGGUCAUCCUUUCAAAAUUUUUACUAAGAUGGCAGUAGUGCGUUACAUGUUCUUCAGCAGAGAGGAUGUGUUGUGGUUUAAACCCGUGGAACUGAGAACAAAGUGGGGCCGCAGGGGACACAUCAAGGAACCUUUGGGUACUCAUGGCCACAUGAAGUGCAGUUUUGAUGGGAAGCUAAAAUCUCAGGACACAGUACUGAUGAACCUCUAUAAACGAGUUUUCCCCAAAUGGACUUAUGAUCCAUAUGUACCAGACCCAGUACCAUGGAUGAAAAGUGAGAUUUCUUUAGCAGUGCCUGAAGUGGACAUGGAAUAAUAGAUUCAUUGAGAUUCUGUCUC